UGACCAUAUUGUAAUGUGUUCUUCACUUAUAACUUAUUAUAAGAAAUAUAUAUAAAUAGUAAACUAAUCGCAGAAACGUAACGUUUUUUAUAUCUAAAUAUACAACUUCAAUUCUACUACUCGUUAGCAGCUUAGCCACCGCGCUCCGCCGCAGCUAAACUGCCAUGGCCGGAAUUUCUAAUGGCGGUGCCAAUCGGAUACAUACUACUGAAGGCUUGAAGACGGUGACCGCCGCCGCCGGAUCCUCUAAUCGCAAGGGUGGAUGGAAAUCUGCCAUUUUCAUCAUAUUUGUGGAGAUGGCAGAGCGAUUCUCAUACUAUGGGAUCGCCGGAAACCUCAUCACGUACCUCACCACCGUUCUCGGCCAACCCACCGCCACCGCCGCCAGGAACGUGAACACUUUUCAAGGCGUUUCCGCCGUAUUCCCCAUUUUCGGGGCUUUUGUCGCCGAUUCCUAUGCUGGCCGGUUCAAGACUAUCGUCGUCUCUAACGUCGUCUAUAUUCUCGGACUCAUUCUGUUAGUGGUGGCAUCGACGCCGUCAUUCCGCCACCACGGGUGGCUAUUCUUCAUCGCACUUUACCUGAUAAGUGUCGGGGAAGGAGGGCACAAGCCGUGCGUGCAGGCGUUCGCAGCUGAUCAGUUUCCAGAGGAAUUUCCGGAGGAAAAGGAGGUAAAGAGUUCCUUCUUCAACUGGUGGUAUCUAGGAAUAGUCGUGGGGGCCACCCUUGCCGUCUUGGUGGUCAUUUACGUGGAAGACUACGUCGGAUGGACCGUCGGGUACGGCACUCUCACGGCGGCCACCGUCCUCGCGCUGGUGGUGUUCCUCGUCGGGAGUCGAACUUAUUGCAAAGAAUCUCCGGUCGGGAGCCCGUUCACUAAGGUGGCGCAGGUGGUGGUCGCUGCCGUCAGGAAGAGGGGUAUCUCCGAGGCGCGUGACGCUCACGGCAUUUAUGUAUAUCAUCCUGACGUCAGCAGCUUGGAUAACAAAGAGCGUAUCAAUCAUGCUUUGGCUCACACCGAUCAAUUUAGAUUCCUUGACAAGGCAACAAUCGUUGAUGAAAGAGACGCAUCAAGCGAGAAAAGGGAUCCCUGGAGGCUGUGCAGCGUGAGCCAGGCAGAGGAAGUGAAGCUCCUCCUCCGCCUCAUCCCCAUCUGGCUCUGCUGCCUCCCCUUCGCCGCCAGCAUAGCGCAGCUCGGCACUUACUUCACCAAGCAAGGCGCCACCCUCAACCGCUCCAUCGGCUCCUUCCACUUCCCGCCAGCGUCUUUCCAAGUCGUCACCUCCGUCACAAUCCUCGUCUCCGUCGCCAUCUACGACCGGAUCUUCCUCCCCGCAGUGCGAAGAAUCAGCGGCAAGCACUCAGGCAUCACGGUGCUCCAGAGGAUCGGCGUCGGCCUCUUCCUCUCCGCCGCCGCGAUGGCGGUUGCAGGCCUGGUGGAGACCAAGCGGCUUCGCUCGGCGGCGGAGAACGAUAUGCUGGAUUCGCCGAAAUCGACCCUCCCGAUGCAGAUCUGGUGGUUAGCCCCGCAGUACGUGAUGAUCGGACUGACCGACGUCUUCACCGUGAUCGGCCUGCAAGAGCUUUUCUACGACCAAAUGCCGGUGGAGAUGAGGAGCAUCGGGGCGGCGCUAUACAUCAGCGUCGUCGGGGUGGGGCACUUCAUGAGCGGCGCUUUGAUAACGAUCGUGCAAGGGAUAAGCGCGAGGUCCGGGAACGAGUGGUUGGUGGAUAACAUUAACCGGGCCCACGUUAACUACUUUUACUGGGUUCUCGCUGGGCUUGGAGCAAUUAAUUUGUGUUUUUUUGUAUUUGCUGCAAAGGCCUUCAUAUACAAGAAAAUAACGGAGCCCGUUGCUAUGGACAAAUCGGAAAAGGUUUGACCCUUUGACCGUUCGAGUUUCGUAUAUUAAGGUGGUACAUAUAUUAAUUAAUUAAUAUUUACUCUGUUUUAUACUCCGUAUUAAUUAAUUAGCUAAAAGUUACUUAUAAAUUACAUCUAUUUUAGUUACCCCGAUUUAAUCUACUCCAACAUUUAGGUGUAAAUAUAUCCUUGUAUUACUCUUAAUCUCUUAUCAUGUAUAUAUGGACUGCUAUUGGACUCAAAUGCUCUAAGAAAACCUUAACAAAAU